GAAUGCGUACUCUUCUACUAGAACCAAAUUCUCAUACUACAACUACUAAAUACAUGACUUGUGUGUCUAUAUUUCCAUUAAGCCCUAAUUUCUUCACCUAUACACACAGCAUCUUGUAUCUAUAUGUAGUUUUCAUUUGUUAAUUUUGUGAUAAUUUGAUGUAAUUGGAUUGAAUUAGGGUUCAUGUGUGUGGAUAAAUGCUCGGGAGAGGCGAUCUAGGGUUUGUGGCGGUGGUUGCGGCGGUUUUCGCGGUGAUCGGGAUUGUGAUACGCCGGAAAUGGAGGACUGCGGCGGCGAGGAGGCGGGAGGUGGAGCGGCUGUUGGUGUUCGCGGCGGAGGAGGCGGAGAGAGCGGAGUUGGAGGCUUCGGUGCAGUACGGAGCUGCGGUGGCGAAAGAGGAGAGUGUUUCGGAGAAGCUGGUGGAUAGGAGUGAGUGUGCGCUUUGCUUUUCGGUGGCGACGAAGUUUUGUUCGCGGUGUAAAGCGGUUCGCUACUGCUCUGGAAAAUGCCAAAUAAUUCACUGGAGACAAGGUCACAAACAAGAAUGCCGUCCAUAUUCCAUCGUUAAAAAGGGUAAUGAAGAGAAAUUUUCUUGUCAAAAGGAGUUCAAUCAAGAAGAACCUAGGAAUUAUGGCGAUAGCUAUGAGUUAGACAAGAGUCAGUAUGCUAAGCAAGUCGAAACAUCUCCUGGAACUUAUACAGAUGUCGGUAGAUCUGAUCUUCUGCACAGUAAGGAUGAUAUUGAGGGUGAAGGUCUUACAGUUGAUGCGGGAUCUAAUUUGUCUGAGGGGAGUUCUGAACCGACUUGUACGUCCAGUAAAGCUUCGCUUGAUGCUUCUGUUUACGAUUCUGACGGAUUAACUAGAAUUCAGUCUGCCAUCGAUGUCUUGCUCAAGUCUGAGAGCGCAUGUGUGGACAUGGAUCGAAAUAGGUCACCAUUUGCUGAGACAUCAUCCAAUCUGAAAAAGUCGUCCAUAAAGAGUGUUCAGUACAAACCAGAUUCUAGUGAUGGAGAUAGUCAUAGUUUCUCAAGCAGUACAUCUGGUUGGAGUGUUGAUGGUUCAAGUGAUUCUCUUUCUGAACCGUAUACCCCCUCCUCUGGUUUCUGGGAAGGAAAUAUCAACUCUAGGAGGUCUAGAAAUGGUGCUAACUAUGAUGGCACUCAAUCUAUUUUAAGUGAUUUUGGUGGAGAUGUGAUGUUAAGUCCUGUAUCUUCUAUGCGAUAUUCAGCUGACAUGGCUAAAAGUCUUACCCGUGGCAUGCCUCAACAAGGCUUCAACUCCAACACAAUGAUCUCUAAUGGUGGUCCAAGUGCAUCAAGGACCAAGAGGUACGUCAGUGAUGCAACUUCAUCAGUUAAAUUAUGUAAAGAUAAUUUGAAGUCAAAAUCAUUGAACUUAGAAACGUCUGCAAGUAUGCAUGUUGAAACUGGUUGUAAUUCACGGGUGCUAAAUUCUAGAGAAACCAAGUCUUCUUCGUCCGAUAAUCAUUGUGCUCGCCCAUGUGCCAAUGAUCAAGGGCAUUUAAUAAUGAAAGAUUUCAAGAAUAUCAGUAACUCACCUUCAUUGUGCUCAGAAAGAUCAAAUAAAGUGCGCAAUGACACAAUCAGCUCUUCACAUGCUUUGGAAUCUCAGGAAGUUGGAUCUGUAUUGUGCAGAGAUUCUGAUACUGGAUUGACAUCCAGUACCAGUCGGGAUGCAGGAUUGACAUCCAGUACCAGUCGGGAUGCAGGUCACAUAGCGAACUUGUCAAAGGUCAGUGAUGGUGUUCAUGGGUUUGCCGGUUCUUCCUCAAAGUCGCCAAUUAAUUCUACAAGUGCCAGAAAUGGUUUAAAGUCAACAAUGUUAAAAGUUGUUGACCAGCUCAAACCCUCUAAAAUUUCAAAACCUUAUUCGACGGGGUUAGAUAGUGGGACUGUGGGAAAAUACAAUGUCAAGGGCCUGUUUUCGUACGAACUGUUUGUCAAGCUGUACAACUGGAAUAAAGUUGACAUGCAACCGUGUGGGCUCAUAAAUUGCGGCAACAGUUGUUAUGCUAAUGCUGUGCUCCAGUGCUUGGCUUUCACGCCACCUAUCACUGCUUAUCUUUUGCAACGACUCCAUUCUAAAACAUGUCAAAAUAAAGAUUGGUGUUUUACCUGUGAAUUCGAAAAUUUAAUCGUGAAGGCAAGGGAAGGCAGUACUCCACUAUCUCCGAUUAGAAUACUCUCCCAUAUUGAAAACAUCGGGAGUCAUCUUGAUUAUGGGAAAGAGGAGGAUGCACAUGAGUUUCUAAGGUGUGCCAUUGAUACAUUACAAUCCUCUUGCCUCAAGGAAGCCACCUCAAAAAUCUCAGGCUCUUUGAAUGAAGAAACUACUCUUAUGGGCCUUACAUUUGGGGGUUACCUCCGGUCCAAGAUAAAAUGCAUGAAAUGUGGUGGCAAAUCUGAGCGCAAUGACAGAAUAAUGGACCUUACUGUUGAAAUAGAUGGAAACAUAUGUACCCUAGAAGAGGCUCUACGAAAGUUUACAAGUACUGAAAUUCUUGAUGGAGAAAACAAGUAUAAUUGCAGCAGAUGCAAAUCUUAUGAGAAAGCUAAAAAGAAGUUGACCAUAAUAGAAGCUCCUAAUGUCCUGACCAUUGCGUUGAAGAGAUUUCAGUCAGGCAAGUUUGGAAAACUUAGCAAAUCCAUUGAAUUCUCAGAGAUUCUGAACAUGGCCCCAUUUAUGAGCUCAACAAGUGACACGUCUCCAAUAUACCGGCUUUAUGGAGUUGUGGUUCACUUGGAUAUCAUGAAUGCAUCGUUUUCUGGUCACUAUAUCUGCUAUGUUAAAAAUAUUCAGAAUAAAUGGUUCAAGAUUGAUGAUAGUUCGGUGAAUGCUGUGGAACUCGAGAGCGUCUUGACAAAAGGAGCAUACAUGCUUUUGUAUGCGAGGUGUUCUCCACGGGCCCCGAAGUUAAUAAGAAACUCAAUGGUACCUCGUGAUCCAAGAAAACCGAAGAAUCCAUCAUUGAAGUCAAGAUCCCAUUCCACCGGUCUACUUGAUUCUCCCAGAACUAAUCAUUUAAAUUAUCAGACCGGUGAAGGCUUCUAUCAAACUCAUCCGAGUUUUCAACGGGUUUCUUCUGUUCUGGAGGAUGAUUCUUCAAGUGACAAUUCUUCCUCCAUAUUCUCUGAGGCUGCUUCAUGCAGCACUGAAAGCAGCACUAAAGACUCAAUGAGCGCUGAUGACUACUUUGAUCAAAUAUUUGGUGAUUUUGGACACAAAUUGAACAGCUCCUGGUGGAAUACAUCCGACUCGGACACUUCAUCUUCUUCAUCAUCUCCCUCCCCUCUGUACACUAAAAACAUACCAUACAGCAGCUCAGAUCAUUAUGUCCCCGGAUACAAUGAAGAAAACCACUGUUCAGCUGAUCCAGCAGCAUCAGCGGAGGAUGGCCGCGUUUGGGCAAAUCAACCAGGCAAGAGUAGCAACUUGGACAGCUUGAAAGGUAAAGGAAGCACCCCCAUUUUGUAUUCUGACAAGACUAAACAAUGUAGAGAAGUAGUAGAUAGUAAUAGUGAUUUUAGCUGUAGUAGAUGUAGAGCAACUAACUUGAACAGCAUAGGAAAGAUCAAUCCCUUGAACAAUGUUAAAUCUGGGAUAUCUCACAGAAGGUAUAGUAGAGGACAGUCAGAUUAAAAGAUUUCUGACUAAAUGAUAGCAAAUUAAGACUAAACUCGUUCAGUUGGCAUUAUGGAAGCGAAGGAGGAGGUGGGCGAGGGCAAAUACUCUCCACAUUGACAGCUCAGAUGCAUGGGGUGUGAGGCGGAGAUCUGAAUGGAGUAAUACUGGAGGAAACUUUCUUUUAAGACCCGUCUUAAAAGAAAGCUUGCAGCCAGGCCAGCUUGGAAGCAUAAUUUUACUAGGCAGUAACUAAUUGCAGCAUAAGGACUAAUAAGAGUUUUGAAGGGAGGGUUUAGAGAGUGGGUGUGUAUGUAUAUGUGCUCUUCUUGUUGGCUUUGUUCAUAAAAUGAUCCAGCAUUUUGUCACCCUCCUCCCCCUUUCAGAGUUAAAAUAAAAUUUUGCCCGUUAUACUUGGAGCAUGUCUUGCUGUUAUAUCUUUGUCUGUUAAAUCAGAUUGUUAUCUUUUGUACA